CUUGAAACGCCAAUUUGAACAGUUCGGCAUUUUAAAAGUUUGGAUUAAUUUCGAAAAAAAAAAAAAGAAAUAAAAAAAAUGAAUAAAAUUGUUGCCUCUUUUGUUCUAUUAGCACUUUUAGUAAGUGCUAAUGCACAAAACACAUUGGAAAGAGAUGUUCUCAAUACGAUGAUGUCAAAGAUUUUAUUAGAAGAAUACAAUAAUGUUCCAACUGAAGAUGGUUACAAAUUCUCUUAUAAAACAUCCGAUGGUAGUGUUAGAGAAGAAGUUGGCAUUAUUAUGAAUCCAGGUACAGAACAACAAGAAAUGGUUGUUAUGGGAUCAUAUGGUUAUGAAGAUAGUGAAGGUACUAGAACUGUAACAAUGUAUACAGCUGAUAAAAAUGGUUAUAAACCAAGAGUACAAGUUAAAAAUCGUAAACUUAAUCCAAAGCUUUUAGCUUCUUUAGCCGGUAAAUAAAGAAAAAAUUGCGAAAUUUUUAUUGCAUCGAAAAGAAAAUGCAUCUUUUGUUGUUCUUUCUACUCCUUAUUCUUCUUCUACUCCUUAUUAUUAUUUAAAUUUUAUUCAUUCUGUAAUGAUUACAUAUAAUUUCUUUUUUUUUUUUCAAAAAAAAAUUCUUAAAAAUAUAUUUUUGCACUGAAUAAAAAAUAAACUGCCAAAAUUUUUAUAAUAAAAAGUUUAAAAUUAUUAAAAUAAGGUGUGAAAUUUACAAAAAAAAAAAAAUGUUGUGAUUCAUAAGUAAAUUUAAAACAAAAAAUAAAGUGAAUGUUAAAUAUAUUUAGGAUAUAGACAAAUAAUUGAAUAUUCUAUGUCAAAAAACAUUUGUAUAUAA